ACAAUCAAUCUGUCAAACUCCGAAAUCGACACGUAAACGACGUAAUAAAUAACCAAAUUAUCACUGAAAUUGGGAUAUACUUUGACGAAACCGGCUUAAAAUUAUAUCAAUUUUAAUUGCUGUAGAUUUGUACGUCUUUUGUAGCUUGUCUGUUCAUCUGUAUGCGGUCGCAAUCGAACAGAAAACAGUGUUCAAAAUGGUACGUUCGGUCGUGUGCGAAACUUAUUUGGAAGAGUACCUGAAAAGUCUUUCUAAGAAACAAGGAACCAGUAUCGGAUUAUUAAUUGGCCAGCCAUCGAACCGCGGUAAGGACCACAUAAUUUACCUUAACAAAAUCAAAGAGGAUGACGUUCCGGAUCAGGAAAACAAGGGUCUGCUGGAUAUCGACAAUCAUCAGGUUUCGCAACAUGCCCUCGUCGAAACGCGAAUCCUGCCGGGAGGAUUUUAUGUCAUGGGGAUCUUCGUCAUAUACCCGAAAAGUGUUUUCGAAGAUCCAGACCUGCUGAGAAAGGUCAAAACGAUGGUGGUUGACAUCCGGCACACCUUUAACUCUAACGUACUGAUUCAGGGAAACUGUGACGAGUUGGACGGUGGCGAGAAGUUGGUGUUUUUUUAUUCUUCGAGUAGCAAUGUGUUCGGGUGCAAAAGCAUAGCACUUAAAUCGGACAACCUGUCGGUGAAGCCGUGCGACUGGAAGUUCCAAGAUCGAGCCACAAGUUGGCAUGUCAUGAGCACAUUUUUCGAAACCGACGACGUGUUCGCUCUGAAAAAGAAAGCCGAAAAUCAGUACGAUACGGAAACCAAUCUGACCAGGUGUGUUGAGAAUGUAAGGCAGCAGUUGGAGAAAAGUGUCGUGUUCUUCGAUGGGGGACCAAUCGAUGGGAAACAGUUACUGGAGGAUGUUAUAAAAUCAAAAAAAGAUGACCCAUUCCUGGUCCACGUUUAUUCGCCAUCACAUUCAAAUCAAGACAUUUCCACGCGCAAAAUCGAAUCCUUCGCGGGAACAAUGCAGUUCGAAGGAAUCGUGAGCUCCAAAAUAUUUGUGCAUCCCAAAAACACAUUCGCCGAGGUGGAAUCUUUUGUCAAGGAGGACAUCUUGCGAUCACUCAUGUCCCGCGUUCAGAUACACUGUGAUUCCCUAGUCCAGGCAGAAGAACCCGUUCAGGACACGAUCAGUUUGAACGAGUUGCCUCGCCGAAUCUACUUUCCGAUUCGACCCAAAUCCAAUCAGAUCCUGUUCAGCGAAUAUCUGUUUCGGGAAGAAACGAAAGAAACGGCCAUUCCUCAUAUUCGCGAGACGCUGGAUCUGGCGGUAACGCCAAAGGAAUUGAACGCGACGGUAGAAACAGUGCCGGAAAUAAAAGAGGACGAACAGCACGACGCUAAAGAGUGUGAAACGGGCAACGGUCGCAAAGGCACGGAGAGACCUAAUGUCAUCGUGCUGGGUGCGAUGUCGGCCAUCGUGGUUCUUAUUGUAGCAAUAAUUGCGUUCUUUCUAACGAAGUGAAAUGUUUAUCCAGGUUUUGAAUGGUUUCGUCUUUAUGUUCGUGUCAUUGAAGAAAGUCGAUGUUAUACUCUAUUUUUAAAAACAUGCUGAAUAUAUCAUUAAUUAUACAGAAAAGCAGAUUUGCUGUUAAUUUGUUAAGUGAUAUCUAGAAUGUUAAAUAUCACUCCAUGUUUAGGCAGGGCUACGAAAAACAAACCUACUCAAA